CCAUCUCGGAUAUGCUGGCGGAAUAGUUAGAACUGUAGUCAGGAGGCUUUUCCGGCGCCGAAUACGUUUGGAAACCUGGCAAGCCACGUUACUCCCGUUCCAAGGCGAUUUCCACUCCGCUCCAUAAUCGCUUUCCGUCCCGCCAGCCUGCGAGGGAGCAGCGGCCAACGAGAGGCUCCGCUGGGUCGACUGUGAAAGGAAAUCGCCUGCCGGACUCUCCCGUCGCUUCCUUCCCACUCACUAGCCGCCUCGCGCGCGUUCUUUUCCCCGCAGGUGGCCGAAGGAUCGCGCAGCGUGGGACAAGCUCCUCCGAGGACUCGCCGGGAUGCCGCUGCCGCGCCGCUCGUGGCCCGAACGGGCAGCUCCGCCUUUGGCUGCGUUGGUGGGGCUCUUCCUCCUCCUCUGCCUGAGCCCGGGUGUUUCAAAGGGAAAUAAACUUAGGUUGAUUCUUCAGAGAAGAGAAGCCCCUGUUCUGAUCAAGGAAGAGAUGUCUGUAAAAGAAGAUAAGGCCAAGGAAUUCUUAAACAAUCUGAAGCGUCAGAAGCGCCAGCUUUGGGACAGAAGUCAGCCUGACGUACAGCAGUGGUACCAGCACUUCCUCUAUUUGGGUUUUGAUGAAGCUAAAUUUGAAGAUUAUGUCUCCUACUGGUCAAACAUAGGCCAUGGUGGCCAUGAAUACGAUGGUGGCUAUUAUCAUCACCAUUAUGAUGAAGAUGCUCCUAUUGGCCCACGAAAUCCAGACACCUUCAGACAUGGAGCAAAUGUCAAUUAUGAUGAUUAUUAUUAAGAUUCUUCUCUGUCUUGACUAUUAAUAUUAAUCCUUUCCUCUCUAUAUUGACUAUAUAUUAACUCUUUCUCCUCUGUGUAAGGACACUAGAAAGUUUUUUUCUAUUGGUUUUAAUCUGAUUCUUAAUUUUUAGCUAAUGGGGUUGAGGGGAAAAAAACAAAAAAUUUGGUCUUGUAUAUAUUUCUUAACAUAUCUGCAGUAAAAUGAAAGCUUUUUUAUACCAAAUUUUAAUUAUGUAUUCUUGUAAAAUACUUACAUUAUGAAGACUAACUUUCCUUACUGAGACAAAUAUGGCCAUCUAUUUUAUAUAUAAUGUACAGCUUACAAUAAAUAAAAACAUAAAAAUGAACAACAGUGUCAUACAAUUACACCUUAUUACCCACCACAGGGCCAUGAUAACACCAUAUCAACUCUGCAUUUUUCUGGUCCCAUUCCCAUCCUAGCCCAAUCCUGGGGGAAGAGUCAGGGUUUGUGGCCUGAAGGUUCAAGGCUAAAAGAAUAAUUGCCCUCCAGAUCCCAGAAGGUCAAAAAUGGAAAGCCAUUCCGUCUUGCUAGGGUUGAGUUGCAGUCAGUUCUUCCCCAUCCAGAACCUCCAUGCAUUGGGUCAGCACCUAAACAUCAUUACCUGUCCAGUCGUGGGUGGAGGCAUAUAAUUAUCAUUUGCAUAUUGAUGAAACUGUACUGCCAACUGACUUCACUCACAGGCUUUAUUAGAUGUUAAAUAAGAGUGAUGAGAAAACAAGCCUUGAGGCACCUACGUAAGAUAGGCAUAGAUAAUAGACUUCUCUUCCCCAACCUUUUUAUAGGGACAGGAAGGAGAUACACUGCAAAACAGCAACUCCCAUUUCCAAUGUCCAAAUCCAAUCCAGAAGGAUACCCUUGUUGCCGAGUGAACCAGGAUGGAUCAACUCCCCCCCCCAUCUCAAGCUUUUCAGAGAUCAACAAAUGUGGUCGAUGCCAUGUCAGUAUUAUAAAACUGACUGAAAAGGUCCUAGAUAAUACACUUCAUCCAGGGCUCUCCAAUGUUAAACACCCACACUUUCUCAACAAUCUUCCCCUAAACGCUGCCACCUCCUGAGAAGCUUUAACCAAUUUUGGAGGUUAAGAUACAUGACAAGGACCUAGCUACUUCCUCAGCAUCAACUGGCUCAAACUCUUCCCAAUUAACAUAACUAGUCAUUUCCGUAGGACCUACCCAGUCAAGUCUACUUCAGCAAAGCCAAGUACCUUUUGACAGGCUCUAAAGGGGUUCUCCUGACCAUUCCUUUCUUAGAAGAGGUCUGGUGGCGUAGAAUAAAGCUGCUGGUUGUUUGUAUGCAGAUACAGUAAGAGCGAAGAAGUGAGCUUAUUUUGUCCUAAUAAAGUAUGUCCUAAUAAAGACUCCUUCCUGUACCUGUUGGGUAUGUCUAGUUUAAUGAAGAGAAGGAUUAGAGGUGACAUGAUAGCAGUGUUCCAAUAUCCAACAUUAACAAUAGUUAAAACUCUUGUGGAAGUGACCCUGAUUCUGCAUUAUUUGUCAUAAGUGGGCUAAUACUGGAAAUAGCAAUAAACAUUGGGCGCUAUCUAACAAAAUGAAAUUCAGUGGUGAAAAAAGUAAGGUUCUACAUUUAGACAAGAAAAACCAAAUGCACAAGUACAGUAU